AUGAAGCUAGGUACUCUAUUCCCUAAGCGAUCAACCGCCUUCCUUCACAGUUUAGCACCGCCGACGGAAACACAACGGCGUGGAACGCAGUCGGCGCCGAUAACACCCACUGAUCUUGGACUUAACUCGAAGCCGAGGUUUGAAGUAAGGUUUUGGUAGUUGUAUUGAAAGGUUUAGUGGUUAUACUGUAAUAUCUAGUAGGUGUACUGUAAUAUUGGUAGUUAUACUGCAAUACUUAGUAGUUAUACUGUAAUGUACUGUACUGUGAUAAAUAGUAUCUUGAUUUUUUAGAGAAGAUUGGGCUUUUUUUCUUUGUAUGCACAACUCUGGCCCAAUUUUAAGUUUCUAGCUUUGGCAAUUUUCAAAAUUCAAGAUCCGGCUUUGGCUUUAGCUUCAAAACCCGCACUGUUCCUAAGCCGGAGACAAAUCUAGCUGCUAGAACUAUUUAUGUAAUGUUUUCUUCCGAUAUGCUAAGUUUGAGUUAUACUUUUGAGCUUGACGAUGAAGAAAAUAUUAAUCCCUUUCCUCCCCCUAUAUCUCUCUGCUUGAUCAGCCUUCAAAAAGUACUGUCUUAAGAAUCAAAAUCUACCCCAAAUCUUUAAAAAAUCCCCUAAUUUCAAAGCGAAAAUCUUAAAUUUAGUAAAUUCUUCAAUUAGGAGUCCUAAUCUUUGCCCUCGAAUCCAGUUCCUGUACUGUCUAAUGCAUUCUUGUGUAAAUGACAGGCCUGUUACUCGAAAACCCAAUCCGAGAAGACAAUUCAGAAGCCCUGCGUCACGAAUUCAAACCUAAUUUGAAGGCAUUUCUUUUCCCCAAGAUUUUCACAAACUAGGCUACUUUUCAACGUUUCAAAUUCAAAUUUUCAGUUUUUUCUGGCUUCAGGCUGUUAGAGAGUAAAGGGUUACAUAUGUUAUUGUGUUUGGAGGUUUUUUUUGAUCAUAUAGUACGAGUUUGUACUGUAAGGACAGAAAGUUAGUACUAAGUUAAAAUUUUAUACUAACAUGGAAAUUUACUUUUUUAAUUGAGUCGGGCUGAUUUUCUGCUUAACCUGACCCAUUUUAAGUUUUUCUCGGCCCAACUGCCUAAAGACCGGUCCGGCCCGAUAGCCAGGUCUAAGGAAAGUACCUAACCUGCGCCACUCAAAAUCAGCUCAAAAAUUCUUUAUGAAUUCUUUGCACCGUCAAUAGUACCUAUAUAAAACAUUUUUUCUUGCGCUUUUAAAUUUUAAAAUUUAACUAUUUGAAUUUCACGUUAACGUGGCACAUUUGACAUUGUGUUUCAAGCACUUUUUUUGACUUUUCAAACAAGUUACCUUUACAAUCUUUAAAAUGUCGGUUUAUUUAAAGGUUUUCUACUGUUAUAUCCAAAAAAAAUUAAUGAACGUUAAAAAAUGACGAAAGCUUGAAACACAAUGCCAAUUCGACGCGAAAUUCAAAACGUAAUUUUUUAAUCUUGAUUUUCUUGAGGUUUCCCGGAAAUUGCAAUUUAGUACUUUGUUGAAGGUCUUAUAUAUACAUGACGUUUCUGUAUAAAAAGUUUGAAGUCAAUCAAAGCGAGGCAGGUCGAGCAUUCUCAAUGUAAAUUUUAAAAAAAUUUUUAGUUUUGAAUUGUCAUUGAUUUUCUGUCUACGAAUAAGAAAAGAAGUAAUUUUCAUUAAUUUCUUUUCAUUAUUAUCAUCUUCUUCCCCUCCCCAAAACAUUGAUAAUGUAAAACAACCCAAGCGCUCAGCCUUGAAAUUCAAUCUUUCGUACCAAAUCCGGACCCAAUCAGCAUUCGGCCAUUUCCCAAAUUGCCUUCAAUCCUGAUGCGCAAUAUUUUUCGAGUGUGGCCAAUUGCCCUUAAAGACAUGAACAAACAGUGAGGGCCGGGGUCAGUUACAGAGUUUUAUUACAUUCAGUAGGUUGCUCCGUGCUGCAUGGGAGGGGGGGGAGGGAGGGUUAUAUGGGUUUUAUAGUGUUUUAAUAGGCUUUGGGGUCGAGGUUGAGUAGUUGGAGUGGUAUGAAAGUGGUUAUUGUGCGGGGGUAGAUAUAGAGGUGAUAAAAGUUUAGGGCAGGGUAAAGUAGGGUAGAGUAGGGUGAAAUUGUCUUAUGAAAAAAUUAGUAUCUAAAGUAUUUUAGAUUUUUAAGUUGUUUUUUGACAUUUAUGUACUAGUAUACAGGGUGUGUAAAAAGUUUUGUUACAAAGCUCUAUUGUACCAAAAGAACUAGGUGAAUAGUCUAUACGGUCAAUGUACUCCAAGACAAAGUUUUUCAUAAAAAAUUUUUUAAAAAAUACUUUAGAUGUAUAAACCGUGAAUCAUUGUUAUCUACGCAAGGCAAUUCUUAUGUAAAUCCGCGAAAACUAGUAUUUAAACUUUAAAAUCAUAACAUUAGCCAUUUUACCCUUUUUCAGAUAAAUAGUCUAUGCUGUGUUAUACUCGUUUUUGAAAAGUUUAAUCUUUUUGAUUUUUUUUAAAUUUUACAAAAAAUUUUUAAAAAAGUUUUUUAAAUACGCCAGCGAAUCCUCUACAUUGUUAUGGUUUACUGAUAUAACAUUACAUUAGAAAUUGUAAAUUUAAAAUUGAAAAAAAGUAGUUGUCUUGGAAAAUUCGUACAUAGUGUAAGGUUUCAUAUUCUACAAUGAAAACAUCACCUUCGAGUUUAGAUAGUAUAAUAUAGUUAAACUAGUUGUUAAGAUUAAAUUUACUUUUCUGUCAUCAAGUUGUCAAUAUUGUUUUCAACCAAAGGUUAGAGCUUCAGACCGGUUGAUGAAAAGAACCUAGGUAGCUACGGAACAAAAGCAUUGACGUCAUGCUUUUUGACGUAAAUUUAAACUUUUUUUAAGUUAGCGACAUAGUUUUUACUAUGUAAUUAAAUGAGUCAGUGAGAAGUUUUGUUUAAAAUUUAAAACUUAAAAUUUGAGGUUUUAGGCAAAAAUCAGUACAGAUCUCGGGAUUAAUACAUCUAUUACUUGUAAGAUAUGAUAAAAAACAUUGACACAGGCUUCUUUCUCUUUCAGUAUACUAAAUUUUAAGUCUAUCCUACACCUAAAAAGGAAGUUACUAGCUCCGGACCGGCUCUUUUAUUAAUACAAGUCUACCCUAUCUUUUUCUUAUUCAACCUGUAUUUUACAAAGCAUCUUUUUUAUGUAUCGCCAUUAUCUUCUUAAAAGUUUUCUUACUUCGCUUGAUACUCGUAUUCCCUAUUUUUAACCAUUCCCCCCCCCCUCCCUCCUCUCCUCCCCUUCCUUCUCCCCCCCCCCUCCUUAUACUAAUCACUCCAGCGGAAGCAUGACUCACCCCCCUCCAAGUACCACGGAACCAACACCUCUUGUCUUAUGGUCUUGUCGCUUAUGUAAAACGCGCAAAUUCCCAGCCUGCAAAUAGAAACCCCCUCUCCGUAGGGGGCGACACCAACACGUGAACAGCGGGGAAAAGGGGGGGGGAGGGAUCGAAGCGAGAAAAAGUUUUUUGCAGAUCGCUGUCCCCCUGUUCUUGUCGCUACCCGCCUCGAGCGAUCACCCCCCUCAACCUUCGCAGUUUUUCUUUACUUUCACCUUCGUCGCGCUUCAUUUAAACCAUUGAUUUCGUGCUUCCAAGUCUUGUUUAUCAGUUACAUGUUAUCGUGAUGUUAUCGAGUGAUAAGCGUCGGGAUUCUCGGAGCGGCGGGUGUUUUUGAGGAAGUAGUUGGAGUUGGGAGUGGAGUUUUGGGUAGUUUGGUUUGAAAAGUUUUGAUAAUUUGGAAGAGAUCAACAGGAAGGACCAAGCUUAACUUUUUUUCGAAAAAAAUUUUGGGUGGAGAAGAGUAGUACUAAAGAGGUAGUUUUCCAAAAAAACUUUUAGAAAGAAUAAGUUUAACUUUUGCAAUUUUCAGGCGGGGUAAAAAGACCCCCCAAAAGCUAGAGCAGAAAUGAAAAAAAAACCUUGAUUUGCUUUGAUUAGGUUCAGAAAAGUCGAUUGAACGUGAUUAUCUUGUUUUGAUUUGACGGAAAAAAACUAAUUGAGAUGUGACAAUGAAUUCGAAGAGAGGGGGGGGGUCUUCACGUUGUUUUUCACAAAAUUCUUAUUUGAAACCUAUCUUUUGACUUUGACAAGGUAAAAGAGGACUGUCUUUCCAAUUUUAUUUUAGCUUUUGGUUUUUUACUUUAGCAAGGUUUGGCGUGCAAUUUGAAUUUUUGAAAAAUGUAGGGUGGAUCUUGUUUUUUAAUUAAAAUUUAGUAAAUUAUAGUUACAGCUUGAACUGUAAUAGACAUUUGUUAUAAUAUAUACAACGGUAAAGCCAUAAUAAGUUAAUUACUACAGCAAAUUAUCGAAUUAUAGGGCUAAUAAAGUCUUGUCGUUGUUUGCUUUAAAAGUGUGUGUUUAACAACGACAAAACUUUUUUUUAAUGUUAUAUUUAGUUAUAAACAUUAAACCCUGCUCUUCCCUAUCCUACCUCAAGCUUUUAACUCAGAAAAAUCGAAACGAGGCAGGUCGGGCUGAAAAAUCGGCUCGGCUCCAUCGCCAAGUUCAGCUUUAAUACUAGAUAGUACUAGGAGUAUAACAAUAAUUUACUAUAGUAAUAUAAAAAAUUGUUCUCAAUUUAUUUCGAAGGUGUUUACUAUGAAAAACCUAGUGUUUUGUAUUUUAUAUUAUAGGUAAAUAAAGUAUCUUUAUUUGGUCUCGAAACAACCACUGAACUUUAACGUUUUGUACAAUGAAAUAUCAAUCAAUAAGCCAUGAUACGUCGUUUACAAACAUAAUAUCAUGGUAUUUUUCUUGUCAACUUAUUUUAUUUUACUUUGUCAUUACCUCGUAUGUAAACCUAAAUGUUGUUGAUGUGUACCUAUUUAUGUGAACUAUAGCCUCAGGGUGGCGGUGUUCUAUCUUCACGACCUUUUCCUUCCAGAUCCACGAUCUUUUCCCGUUGGAAGAUCUCUUACAAACGGUUGUAUUGGAGGGUGUGGACGUCGAAGACCCCAUGGCUACACAGACUGACGCCGCCGUCCGGCUCAAGUUGCUGCGACCAGAGUUGCCGGACGAACAGAUACCUAAAGGAGCGACGUUGGGCGACUUAACUUGUGCUAUUAAUGUCAAAGAGAAGGUGGAUAUUAAUGGUAAGAAUAUGAGUUUUAUAAAAAAAGUUUUUACUCUUGACAAUCUAAAAGGUUUAUAAGACAGUAGAAAGGUUGUUUUGUAUGUUUAAGUGUGAAAAAACUGAAAUUGACGACAAGACUUCCUUACACAAUGUGGAUUGCAGAUGACGUAUCUUACACGGUAACUUUUAAAAUUUAAAAAAUAUUUUUAAGGCGAAAACCGACUGAUACAAAAGCGAAAAACAGUACAAAUAGAAUGGGACAAAUGCUUCGAUGUAGCUAUCAUACCAGGAAGAGUACUCCAAGUACUGCUUCAACACGAAAAAGCUCAAGUUGCAGAUGCUACUAUGCGCUUGGAGGUAAGAUACCAUUUUCAAUGCAGUUAAAUUUGUGGCUGCCCUACCCUACCCUACCCUACCCUACCCUACCCUACUCUAUCCUACCCUACCCUACCCUACCCUACCCUACUCUAUCCUACCCUACCCUACUCUGCCCUAUCCUGUCCUACCUUACUCAUUCGUCCCCUACCCCACGUGCCCACCUAGUCUUACUUUUUUCUAUCUUGCCAUACUAUAUCAUGCUUUUCCCUGUCUUACUUUUCUUUCCCCGGUAUCUCACUCUACUGUAAUCUAGAUUAAGCCCUUGUUUACUAACAAUGAUCCCUUAAAUUUUAAAAUUCCUUUAACAACCCCUCAUAAAAUGCCAAUUGCAGGACAUUGCCUCCAAAUGCAAACACGACGCGAUAACUCACAUCUGGAUCAACCUCAAGCCAUGUGGCCGGAUAUUGGCUCAAACGCGGCGAGUUGGAUCGGCUCCAUCCACGAAAAGCGAGGAUCCGAGUACGCCACGCGGCUUCGAGUCAGGCGGAAUGGGACUGCAACGCCGGCGUGGUGCUAUCAAGCAUCAAAAGGUGCACGAGAUCAGAGGCCACCAGUUCGUAGCGACCUUCUUCAGACAGCCGACUUUUUGCUCGUUGUGUUCUGAAUUUAUGUGGUGGGUCCUUUGAUAACAGAUUUAAAUUUAAUUUUGUUAUACUAAAAAGUUAGGGUAAGAAAUAAGAGAUACCAAAGGGAAAGGAUGAGAGUUAUUAAAAAAAAUUGUUUUGUUGAUUAUGAGAACAAAACCUUCAAAAAAUUUUUUACAACGAAAGUACUCAACCGGCCCCGCUCUGAUUGACUUCAAACUUUUUAUACAGAAAGGUCAUGUAAGUAUAAGACCUUCAGAAAGAUAAUAAAAUUUCUUCAUCAAAGUACUAAAUCACGCUUUCCAGUCAAAAUCAAGGAAAUCGAGAUCAAAAAAUUAUUUUUUGAAUUUCUCGCUAAUUUGGCAUUGUGUUUCAAGUAGGGUUGGACAUUUACCGGUAAAUUGAUUUUUCGGUAAAAAUUUUACCGGUUUUUACCGGUAAAUUUACCGGAUUAUUACUUGGUCUUUAAAAACUUUAAAAUGUCAUUAAAAUGUUUAAUAAGCGUUUUAAAACAAUAAAAUAGUAAGUAUUUCACUCUUUUACUUUAACUACUUAUAAGUCCAAUAGCUCUGUCCACUUCUUUUUCCCUACCGGUACAUGUUAUGUUGACGUAGCUAGUCAUAGAUGAUUGGAUGACCAUUGUCCACUAGACUCUGCUCGGUUCGAUGGAAUCUUUUGUUUUCCGCAUUUUUGCUCAUAUAAUUGCACGACCUGUUCUUGAUCAUUUGAAGAUAUCUUAGUGCCAUUGUUUCGCUAAAUAAUCACAGACCUAUACAUAAAGUAUCAAAAAUCAACAAGAAAGUUUAAAAAUCGAAUUUUCCGUCCUUGUGAGUUGUUGGCAGAAGAUGUUGGUACAGUCUUGUAAGGUUACUGACGUAUUUUGCACCACAAUAAUUGCAAAAGUAGUCAUUAUUUGUUCUUUUGUAACGGUCUGUGAUAUUUUUCAACAUAUUUCGUCAAAAAUUUUCCUAAUUUUCCAAAAACAAAAACAAAUUUUGAAACAAAAAUAAUUUUCGUGCUAGGACACAAAACACUUUUUUACCGGUAAAAAACCGAAAUUUUCGGUAAAUUACCGGUAAAAUUACCGGUAAAUUUACCGGUAAAUGUCCAACCCUAGUUUCAAGCUUAUAACUUUGCCAUUUUUUGACUGUUAAUAUUUUUUCUUUAAUAUGCUAGUAGAAAAAUUUUAGCCGGACUUACGUUUUUAAAUUUGUAAGCUAGUAACUUUCCUGGAAAGUUAAAAGAGUGCUUGCAAGUUGCAACAUAAUGCCAAAUUUGUUAAAUUAGCGAAAACUUCAGACAUUUUAACUUUGAUACUCAAGAGCGAGAGCUAAAAUUCCUUAUAGGCAAUAUUGGUGAUACAAGAAAUUCAUAUAAAAAAUUUGAGCUGAUUAUGAGUGGGUCAAGUUGGGCAGUUUUCUUGUUAUAAUAGAUCUCUUUCUUUCUCAUUACCUUUGACAUUGAAAUAAAAUUUGCUUCAACAAUAUAAUACCGCCUAAACUUUUAAGGUUUUUUUUUGAAAUUUUAGUUACUUUAGGUUCAUUUUAAAAACUUAAUUUUAAUUUUUUACAUUUCAGGGGCCUGAACAAACAAGGAUAUCAAUGUCAGUUGUGUUCGGCGGCGGUGCACAGGAAAUGUCAUGAAAAGACAUUGAGUCAAUGUCCCGGGUCGGCCAAGAAUACAAAAGAUACUAUUGUGAGUUGGAUCUUUGUUAAAAUAUAGUAUUGUCACUCGCAAAUGAGAUUCUAGACUUUUUCGUAUUAUUAUUACCUACAAAGUAGAUUUUUGGAUUUAAAAUGUCUAUUAUUACCUAAAACAAUAUAUUUUUUGCAAAAAAUGGCUAUUACUCAUUAGUAUUUUAGUUGUUAUUGACUGUCCUUGACUGUUUUUAGUACUUUUAAAGCCAAAAGAGGGGUACAAUAACAUAAUUUUUGGCAUUUCAAAAUAUUUUUUUGAAAUACUAAUAAUGAUGAUGUUGUAGUAGCUUUUUUGGUCAUUAAAAGGGAUUUUUGGGUAACAAAAGUGAUGUUCGAGUUAAUAAUUGGCCUAUUUUUGUAUUUUUUUGUACAAUGUCAAUAUAUAAACUAUAAAAAACAGUAUAUCUACCCUACAAAACAAGAUAUAAACCUUCCAAAAAAUAUUUUUAUACCUUCCUCCUUUCAGUACCUAAAAGAACGCUUCAAAAUCGACGUACCUCAUCGUUUCAAAACCUACAACUACAAAUCCCCAACGUUCUGUGACCACUGUGGCUCACUCUUAUAUGGUCUCUUCAAGCAAGGCCUGAAGUGUGAGACGUGUGGAGUGAAUUGUCAUCAUAAAUGCGAGAGACAUAUGCCAAAUCUUUGUGGAGUCAAUCAAAAACAACUGUCCGAAGCAUUGUUCGAGAUCAAGCGUGGAGCUCAUUCUUCUGUCAAUUCUACCCCGCCUAGUAUUGGUUCGUUGUCGAUUUCUGGCUCACCGGUUGAUAAACAGAAUGGAGCUGCGAAUGGGGUUGGUGGGAAGUUCAAAGCGUUGUUUAGGAAUCAUAACUACAGUUUGGAUCAGAGUGAAGAGUAAGUGGUAGAGGUAGUACAAUAUUAUAAGUUUUACCAUUUUUUUGUGAUUUACAGUACUUUUACCAUAUAGAUAAUUGUUUAACAGUCAUGUCUGGUCCGUAUUUUACAAAAAAGUCUCUGUUGGCCGUUUACCCUAGAUCGUACUUUACAAAAAAACCUCACUUCAAUUUUUUCAAAUUUUCAGAUCAGCCACCUCAUCAGCGACCUCGGCCGACGCUCCAAAGCAGUACAAGCUGAACAACUUUACGAUUCAAAAAGUUUUGGGAAAAGGAAGUUUCGGAAAAGUUUUACUGGUCGAAUUGAAAGGCCGACAACAAUUCUAUGCCAUGAAAUGUCUAAAAAAGGAUGUCAUUUUGGAGGACGACGACACGGAAUGCACUUUCAUCGAACGACGGGUCUUGAUUUUGUCAUCUGAAUGCCCAUUCUUAUGCCAAUUGUUCUGCUCUUUCCAAACUAAUGUGAGUUUUGGGUAGGGAGAAGACUUUUUUGUAAUGGGUGGGUUAGGGAUUGACAUGAGGAACUAACCGGGCUUGAGUGUUAGGCUCAGAUUGAUCUAAAUUUUGCUAAGGGGUGGCCCGGCUCUAAUUUUUUUUACAUUUGUGCAAGCAAGCCGGGUUUUCAUUUUUAGGCCCGGCACGAUCUUAAUUUGUGUCAGGACCGGCCUGGCCUGUUCUUCAUGUCUUGUUAGAGGUGACAAACGGCCCGGUCCAACUUUUUAAUUACAAAUGCGCUCGGGCCCGGUGUUCUAUAAUAACUUUUAGGCUAGGAUCGUUUUUAUUUUUAUUUAGGCUAGACAGGCUUAGUUAAAAAAAUUAGGCCCAGGCUAUUUUUAAGGGAAUGCAGGGUAGUAUACUGUAGGAUGGUGUAAGAUGGGAUAGGUGGAGAUAGAGUAGGGUAGUCUUUUUUAAUUUUUAAAAUUUUUUUUUAGUUGACUUUAAUUGGUUUCUGAAACAAUAUUUUUUCAGGAAUACCUAUUCUUCGUGAUGGAAUACUUAAACGGUGGUGACUUGAUGUAUCACAUUCAACAAGUCAAACGCUUCGACGAGAAUCGUACCAGGUUCUAUGCAUGCGAAAUCAUCUGUGCUCUACAGUUUUUGCAUUCCAAAAAUAUUAUUUACAGGUAGGGAAUUGGUCUUGGAACCUUUACGUAGGUCUAUUGUAUUUUACUAAGAAUUUUGAUCUAUAUAGCCCUAUUGUACUUUUACAAAGAAAAAACAUGUUAUCAAUCACCUACACAUACCUUUUUAACCUUACUAUACCCUAUCUAACUCUGCUAUACCUUUUCAGAGACCUAAAACUAGAUAACAUCCUCCUAGACGCUGAUGGUCACGUUCAUCUAGCUGACUUUGGUAUGUGUAAGACCGAGCUAAACCGGGAGAAUGGUAUGGCAAGUACUUUCUGUGGUACUCCCGACUACAUUGCACCAGAAAUCAUAAAAGGACAACUUUAUAAUGAAGCCGUUGACUUCUGGAGUUUUGGCGUUUUAAUGUAUGAAAUGUUGAUCGGACAAUCACCUUUCCAUGGUGAUGGUGAAGAUGAACUGUUCGAUGCCAUUUUGAAUGAAAGACCCUACUUCCCAAAAAGUUUACCUAAAGAAGCGGCUAAGUGUCUGAGUGCUGUAAGUUUGAUCAAGUUUUUGGAAUUUUAGAUUAUAGUAAUAAGCCUAAAGAUUAAGCUUUAUAUGCUACCUAUUAAGCCUAUUAUUCAGUAUUUUAAUGUUUAAAAAAUUUUGUAAAAUACGAGCGAAGUUAAAUGUUAAAUAAAAUUCAACUAAUUUUGUAAAUUUCAGUUAUUCGACCGUAAUCCAAAUACUCGGUUGGGAAUGCCAGAAUGCCCAGACGGUCCAAUUAGAACCCACGCCUUCUUCAGAGGUGUGGACUGGAAAAAGUUCGAAGCCAGACAAGUUCAGCCACCCUACAAACCUCUUGUGGUAAGUUUACGACAUAGUCAGUAAUAGGCGGGUAAUUUUAGUCAAGUAGACGGGUAAAAAAAGACGUUUUUUAAAAUCAAGGGGGGGGAAUGAUUUUAACUUUUUUUAAUUUUUUUUUGAAAUUGUGUUGCAAGCUGUUCUCAAAACUCUCCUUAGCCGCCUCCGGCCCAAAGGCAGCUUCGGAGUUUGAGCCGAAGGCGGAGCGAGAAUUUUUAAAACAGCAGGGGGGGGGGGUUGGGCUUGGAAUUGAAAAAGGUUGAACGGGAGCUGGAGCCGGAGCUAAAUUUUAAAAAAAUUAGAGCUGGAGCUGGAACUAGGCCAGAGCUAAAAUUUAUAAAGAGGCAUAGGGGAGCUGCAGCCGAAGCUAAAAUUUUAAAAAAGCAGAGCAUGGAGCUAAACUUAAAAAAAGCUUUAUCCGAAGCAGGACCUGGAACGAAACUAUAAAAAAAGCGUAGCCGGAACUCGAAUCCUAACUAAAAUUUAAAAUAAGGGGAACUAAAGCCGAAGCCGCAAAUUUAAAAUUUAGCAACUUUAGUUAUAAUUACUGAAAACAUAAUUUAUGCAAAAACCAUACCUAAAAUUAUAAAACCCAUAUUUUCAGAAAUCCGCCAACGACACGAGCAACUUUGACGAGGACUUCACACAGGAAAAGCCCGUUCUCACGCCGAUUCAGGACAAAAACUUGUUGGCUUCCAUCGAUCCGGAAGCUUUCGCCGACUUUUCGUACACAAAUCCCAAAUUUCUAUAA